UGGUCGGAGGGGGGGGGGGAUGAAAAUCAGACUGUGAUAACAGCAGUGGAAAAGGCAGUAUCAUGCCGUCACACUCCACAGCCGAUCCUAGGGCCUGACAGGUAACUGUAACAGGCCCAUUAGUGGAUGGGGCAGAUGGCCACCUCCCAUAUUACUUGCCUCUUUGUCCACAGUCCUCUUUUCUCCUUGCUGUUCAUAUUUCUUUCUGUUCCAAGAUAUCUUUUGGUCUCCUUUCCCGUACCAAACAUCUUCGAUUGCCUGGCAUAUAUAUCGUUCAUCCUUUACUUCGAGAAAGAGAAAGCCCCAGGCUUAUCCAAAGACUUUCAGCUCUGCCCCACUGCGUUGUCGGUGACGUAGUCUUGUUCAUCAUGUAUGGCAGUAUCUGUUGUUCCCCAAGCUGGGUUGAACUAGGCCUAAAGCUAACCAC